CAUAUUUCAGCAAGCUCGGUACAAGGAUUUCGAGGUGGCCACCUAACAUCCCUACUUAGAAGACAGAAGUGCCUAUGGGACUGUGUAUAAAUUUACCUUUGGUAUAGACUAUUGUUGUGAAUCAUGUAAUUUGUAAAUUGCAUGUGUUGAAAACUUUAUUUUUGUGUAAAUCACUCAUAGUUAAAAAUUAAAAUAACACAAAGGUCUACUGGCCAAAAACAUAAUUGAUGUAUGAUAUCGUUAACGUUGUUUUUGUUAUUUUACCUUGUCUAAUUUAAGUGCCGAAAUUAUAAUGGUCUACGUCUAAUCCGAACAGGAAUUAUGGCUUGUACCGAUGAAGAUGAAGUGAUCCGGGAGGCAUUUAUGAUAAAGAGAUCACAGAACAAGAAGAUAUUUACUCCAGUCAACUACAAGGGUAGAUGGUUUGUCCUCACUAGAAAAGCUCUCAUAUACUAUGACACAGAUGGCCAAAAGCGUAAAGAGCGCGGACGGAUUCCAACGGACUCCAUUCAUACCGUUGAACAAGCUCAACUAGGAGAGCUGAGCAAGCAAAUACCGGACGGCGAUAACGAAAAGAGGUAUCCCUUCCAGGUGGGCUACACUGAACAGGGCACAGACUACACACUUUACCUUGCUGCACGCGAGCACAGCGAAAGAUUGAAUUGGAUACACGAUAUUCGAAAACUGUGCAUAUCGAACACGCGUCGCGUGCAGUACCACCCGGCGGUGUGGGCGGCGCGCAAGUGGACGUGCUGCGACGCGGAACGCCGCUCGGCGUUGGGUUGCGCGCUCGCCGCCGGCUGGCCGCUACCGGAGCCUGACUUCGAGCUCAUACUCCACGACCACAAGCCUAUCAACGAGAACGGUUUAUCGGUCACAGCGGCGGUCACCAUGCCGGGAGGUGGCGCGCCUCCAGGGACACCGUCGGCAAAGCUCAAGGAGAAACAGAGGACUAAAGUCGUUGUUGCCUUAUAUCCCUUCAAGGCAAUCGAAACUGGCGACCUUUCAUUGGAGAAGGGUGUCGAAUAUGAAGUUAUUGACGAUUCACAGGAGCAUUGGUGGAAAGUGAAGGACGAAAACGGGUCUGUUGGAUAUAUUCCAAGCAAUUAUGUCAAGGAGAAGGAAACUAUAGGAUUACAAAAAUAUGAAUGGUACGUGGGCGAGAUGUCUCGACAGCGUGCAGAGUCAUUACUCAAACAAGAGGACAAAGAGGGCUGCUUCGUAGUACGAAACUCAUCCACUAAGGGAAUGUACACACUAUCUUUAUAUACCAAAGUCAAUCACCCUCAAACCAAGCAUUAUCACAUAAAACAGAACGCCCGCGGUGAGUUCUACCUUUCGGACAAGCACUGCUGUUCGAGUAUUCCAGAACUCAUCAAUUACCAUAAGCACAACAGCGGAGGUCUGUGUUCGAGGCUCAAAACCACACCGUGCGAUCGACCGGCGCCGCCUACCGCUGGACUCUCUCACGACAAAUGGGAAAUCGACCCGUCAGAGCUGGUGUUGUUGGAAGAGUUGGGCGCAGGGCAGUUCGGUGUAGUGCGCCACGGCCGUUGGCAUGGCAGCAUCGACACCGCUGUCAAGAUGAUGAAGGAGGGCACCAUGUCCGAAGACGACUUCAUUGACGAGGCGAAGGUCAUGACGAAACUGCAACAUCCAAAUCUAGUGCAACUUUACGGCGUUUGUUCGAAACAUCGACCAAUAUACAUCGUAACAGAGUAUAUGCGUCACGGCUCUCUAUUGACUUACGUGAGACCCCGACAGAGUCGGCCGGCCGAAGUUCGCGGUGGGACUUCGGCUGACCAACUCGGACCCGGUGUACUGCUGGACAUGUGCAUACAGGUUUGCAAAGGAAUGACAUACUUAGAAAAACAUAAUUAUAUUCAUCGAGAUUUAGCCGCAAGGAACUGUUUAGUUGCCGAGGAAAAUGUUGUCAAGGUUGCCGAUUUCGGACUCGCGCGAUAUGUCUUAGAUGACCAAUAUACAAGUUCUGGCGGUACAAAAUUUCCUAUUAAGUGGGCCCCUCCAGAGGUUCUGAACUACACAAGAUUUUCAUCUAAGUCAGAUGUCUGGGCUUUCGGAGUGUUAAUGUGGGAGGUAUUUACUCGUGGCAAAGUACCCUAUGGUAAGAUGAAGAAUUCUGAAGUGGUGGAUAUGGUACAGAAAGGACAUGUGCUUGAAAAACCCAAGGAAUGCUUAAAUGAAAUUUACAAUGUAAUGAAGGCUUGUUGGCGACACGCACCCGAGGAUCGGCCGUCGUUCCGUCUUCUGAAGGAGGAGCUCUCGGGCGUGGCGCACAGUGUACUGGCCGACUGACUGCGUCUGCUGCUGCUGCUGUUGCGAACCCCCCCGCACUCCCCUGCCGUCACGCCCGCCAACUCCUCCACACUGCCCCGCAACAGACGCCUGCACGCCUCGCCUGUCUAAGGCUCAACACUAAUCAAGACUGCGCUACUCCUUACACUAUACAAAGUCAUUAAACAAAGGGUAAUGAUUGUAUUACUCCAAGUUACGUUUUUCCAGUUCUCAUAUAAUAGUUACCCACAAAAUGACAGACCCUAACUAAUUGUGAUAUCUUAAAAUCACAUACAUGUAUGUGUGUGUAAAAGUGAGUGUGUGUGAGUUGAGUUUUUAUAUAAUGUAGUACCUCAAUGUUAUCAAAAUUAAUACAGAUAUUAUGCUGCUGGUUGUCACCGCGUAUUUUUUUAAUGAAUGCGUUGUUAAGUUAUUUCUCUCCUAACUUUGUCUUGGGAUCAGCACUCAGGAAACUCUAGAACUGUGCAACUCAAGUAUCAUGAAUACUAUAAUACCCCCUUCACAACCAGCCUUGUAUAAAUCUAGAUCGAAUGAUUUAUUGAGUAUAUUUAUUUAUAUUUUCUUUUCCACGUGAAAUAUUGGGCCAAUGCUGCUGUUCACCAAUCUCUAAGCUAAACUAAAUCAGCAGGUGUAAAAAUAGUGGUAGUGUAUACUUUUCAAUACGUUAUGUGUGGAAUAUAUAAAUAUAUAUUACUAUCUUUGUUUUGGCAAUUUAGACAUUUGUGUACAUCAGAAUUGGCCCAAUUGUGUAGAGGGUAGCCCUACUUUUAUUCAGUUACCGAAUUGAUAUCAACUUCAUCAUUGAAUGCAUAUAAAUUAUAGAAUCUAUGCAGCCACUCAUGAACUGCUUAGGUCCGGUCAGCUUAGAACACUCGUCAAAUUAAAUGACCAAUAACAAACCUACCGUCAAGUGCUGGGUGUAGAUAGUGUUUUUAACACGCAUGGCGUUAUGUAGGUAUUGAAAAUGUGCCUGAUCUUGUUUUAAGUACGUGUCAAUAUCUUGAAAUAUUAGAUAGCUAAAUGGUACUUAUGAUGUACAUGUACAAAAACACCAACAUAUGAAUACCAGCAAAAUGAUGUCAGCCAUAAGGAUAACUAUCUGGCUUGCGCCUUUGUGACUUUUAUCAGUUAAACAGUCCAAUCAAAGCAUUUCAUAUGGACAACCAAUAGUCAUGAUUUGAUAAUUCGGUACAAACAAAUAUGACAAUUCUCGUUAAUGUUCCAGAUUCUUUUGUUUUAAUAUUUCAUUAGUGGUUUGUUUUUGUAUGACUACAAAAUGACAUUUGAGCUAACUCCUUGAAUAGCGAGCAAAGGCCUGUGCUAUUGGGUAAAUGGUGCCAGCAGCGUCAAGCCAACAUGAAACAUUCACUCGCGCACCGCGUUAACGCGUUUCGGAUUGGUUAGGUAUGGUAUUUAGCUUCAACUAUUGCAGUAAAACAUUUGUACUAAUAAUACUAUUACCUAUUCUAAGUUACUACUUACGUAGUAGGUACUUUACAUAGACAUGCGAAUAUAAAUAGAUAAUUUCAUGAAUUUGAUUUAAACAAGUUUAUAUUUUAUUUAACGACGUAAUAUUGAAAUUUUACGUUCGUAUUUUUUAUUUUUACAAUUUGAAGUUUGUUGGCUUAAAUGUGGUUUUUAAAUGUUGUCUAUUUUUUUACAUUCCAAUUUUUAAUCACUAGCUAGCAGUAUUUUUCAAAUAUUCUGGAAUACCAAUGCCUUUAGAAAUAAUAUAGAUUUAGUAUAUUCAUUCCGAAUCAGCAGUAGCUAACAAAAAUAUCAAAUAUUUCGCAUAAUAAAUACUAUUCAAUUUGA